UCAUCGACCCGCCGCCAUCUUGCGGAAGUGCUGCCGGCGCCGGGAGCGGCUCCGGAAAGACCCGAACGCAGCGGAGCGGCUCCGAAGAGACCCGAACCCACCGGGAGCGGCUCCGGAGGGACCCGAACCCACCGGAGGGACCCGAACCCACGGGAGCGGCUCCGGAAGGACCCGAACCCACCGGGAGCGGUCCCGGAGGGACCAGAACCCACCGGGAGCGGCUCCGGGGGGACCCGAACCCAGCGGGAGCGGCUCCGGAAGGACCCGAACCCACCGGAGGGACCCGAACCCACCGGGGGCCCCGGGGGUCCCGGUGACCCGCGGGAUGUUUCACGGCAUCGCGGGCCCGGCCGGGCUCGGAGCCGCCGGGAACAAGCCGGAGCUGUACGAGGAGGUGAAGCUCUACAAGAACGCCCGGGAGCGGGAGAAGUACGACAACAUGGCCGAGCUCUUCGCGGUGGUGAAGACGCUGCAGGCGCUGGAGAAGGCCUACAUCAAGGACUGUGUCUCUCCCAACGAGUACACGGCCGCCUGCUCCCGCCUCCUGGUCCAGUUCAAAGCCGCCCUCAAGCAGGUCCAAGGGGCCGAGAUCAGCUCCAUCGAUGACUUCUGCCGCAAGUUCCGGCUCGACUGCCCCUUGGCCAUGGAGAGGAUCAAGGAGGAUCGACCCAUCACCAUCAAGGACGACAAAGGCAACCUCAACCGCUGCAUCGCCGACAUCGUCUCUCUCUUCAUCACCGUGAUGGACAAGCUCCGCCUGGAGAUCCGAGCCAUGGACGAGAUCCAGCCGGACCUGCGGGAGCUGAUGGAGACCAUGAACCGCAUGAGCCACUUACCCCCCGACUUCGAGGGGAGGCAGAAGGUCAACCAAUGGCUGCAGACCCUCAGCGGGAUGUCGGCCUCGGAUGAGUUGGAUGAUUCCCAGGUGAGGCAGAUGCUGUUUGACCUGGAAUCUGCCUACAACGCCUUCAACCGCUUCCUCCACUCCUGAGCCAGCCGGGGGGUGGCUCCAUCCCAAUUCCUCCGCUUCCCUCCCAGUUCCUCACUGGGACCAAUAAGCCGUCGCCUGGUGGCACCAGGAGCUCCAAAAAGCACCAA